UAUUCAAACUAUCGAGCCGGUUUCACUUUCCGUACAUCAACAAAACCGCAAUGCGUCUGCAAAACGGAAUUUUGCAAACCAUGUGUGAUUUGGUUAACCCAGUGAACACAAACAGGUAGCUGAAAAAAUUCAUCCCACCAGAUACCACAAGAAACUGCAUCUCAGCUGUUGCCGUUGCUGGUGGAUGUUGGAAGUUCACUUUCAAGUUGUUAUACUGUACAGAAUCGCUGGUGAAUGUGAAGCCGAAGGAACGGUUAUUGAAUUCUUUCGAUUAACGUAAUUAUGUACUAGUGAAAGACGAAAACAAAGAAAAGUCAAACUAUGUUGAUGACCAUUGAAGAUCAAAACGGAUAAUCAAAUUUUCAGUAUACUAGACGACUUCUAGCUCCAAAUAUGGCCUUAUUCUAAGGAAUUUACAUAACUCAUACAAAAGUGGCAUUAUCAAACAGUUGGUUGCAAGUGAUUAAUUACAAAGCCAUUAUUAGGUAACAGUGAACUUCGCGAAGUCCUAAAAAUAAUCAAAUUAGAAGCUUAGAUAUAUUUCGGUUGCUUUGACGUCAAUUAGAAACAGCAGUAUGCGCGAAAAAUCGUUAGUGCAAAUGUUCCAAGGAACGCUUCCUCAAUUGAUAGCUGUUCUUACAGGUACAAUCGGAGCAGUUUCUGAUGGAAUGCAUUAUGGAUGGACGUCUCCAGUAUUACCAGUUUUACAAAAAAAUGGUACACACAUCCAUAUUUCGGAAAGGGAUCAACUGUGGCUAGAAUCAAUAUACAUGAUAGGAGGCAUAACUGGUUUGCCGGUCACUAUAUUUGCUGUGGAUACGAUCGGUCGAAAGGGCUCAAUUAUCAUAUCAGCGGCAAUAGCUCUCGUAUCAUGGAUAUUAAUCGCCAUAGCUGACAAAACGUUGUAUCUUUAUAUCGCAAGAUUUAUGGUAGGACUGUCAGGAGAUGUGGCAUUUGUUGCUGCUCCGAUGUACAUCGCUGAAAUCGCCGACAAGAGAAUAAGAGGUUUUUUGGCCGGCAUUAUAUAUGUCAUGAUGUUAUUAGGAAUUCUUGUGAUCUAUGCAGUGGCGCCUUAUGUACCUUUCUAUGUACCAAGUAUAAUAGGCGCUGUUCUAGUUAUAAUACAGUUAGUCAGCUUUCCUUUUGUGCCUGAUAGCCCAUAUUAUUUACUUGCUAAAGGUGAAAAGGAGAAAGCAAAACGGCAUUUGCAAAGGCUGCGAGGAAGAGAAGACGUUGACCAGGAGUUAAAAGAAAUAACAGAUGCUAUUAACAGGCAAGAGAAAGAGAAAGGAAGACCAAAGGAUCUGAUUCUGACUGCAAGCAAUCGCAAGGCGGUGAUUAUAAUGAUAGUGCUAAAUGCGGCUCAACACUUUAGUAGUAUAAGCGUAAUGUUAAUGAAUUUACACGAAAUUUUACAUGCGGCUGAUUCUGCAUAUUUAAGCUCUGAAGUAGCUGGGAUACUUUUUGCAGCACUUAUGCUUACAGCUGCAACUAUAGCUGAUGUUAUUGUAGACAAAUUUGGACGCAAAUCUUUACUCACGAUAUCCAGUUUAUUAACUGGUGUAUCUUUGUUAAUUUUAGCUAUUUACUUCACAUUGAAGAAAGUUGGAUAUGAUACAUCUGGUAUAUCUUGGAUACCGGUAGUUGCUGUGAUGAUAUAUGCGGCUGUUUUCAAAUUCGGCCUAGGUAUUAUUCCUAUUGUCAUGACUGCUGAGCUCUUCCCUGCUAAAUUAAAAGCCAUGGGUAUGACCAUAGCUGAUUGUGCUUAUGUACUUUUUGCUUGGAUGUCAGUAGAAAUUUAUCAGAGAUUAUCCGGAACAUAUGGAUAUGAUCUGCCGUUUUAUAUAUUUGCUUUCUCCUGUAUUCUAACGGCAGUAUUUGCACAAUGGUACAUUCCAGAAACAAAAGGAAAGACGUUGGAUGAAAUACAAUUUAUUUUAAAAGGAGUGCCUUUUCCACAGAGAAGUAAUAGUAUAAGGUCAGAAUCUAUUUCACUUGGAAGUGUAAGAGACAAUAAAACUAGGGAAAAUUCGGAGAAUAAAAUUAGUGAAGCAGAAUCCACUAAGGUUUGAGUAAUCUGGUUUACCAAUUUUUCUACGUCUGUUGCACGUCAUUUUCAAUAUUAUGCUUUGGCGACCCUAGAGAAUUGCAUUAUGAUCAACAUGAUAAGUGCCUAGGAAAUUUUCUGAAAUAAUAGAUGUUUAGCUGUACGUCAUGUAUGUUAAAUGAAACAUAAAGUGUAUAAAUAAUUUAUUAUGAAUAAAAUACUUAGAUUUAAA